GUGUCUAAAAAAACAGAAACGUUCGGUUUGUUGUGGGAUUUAUAAACUAAUUUACUGUUUCCAACAAUGAAGAGGGUGAAUACCAGGAUACAAACUAUGAUUUCUAACUGCCUCAACCAUUCAGAAGAUAAAGAGAAUGACAAUCAAGAUUUUUAUGAUAACUCUCGACCAAGCAGUCCAAUGCAGAUUUCUUCAGAUUUUAGCUGAUUCGAUGGAUAAUUCCAACACUGAAGGUACAUCUGAUACACCAACAAUCGCAAGCAUAAGAAAUGGCGAAGAUCCAUUAUUUAUUGAUAGCGACGAUUCGGUGAGAGAUCUUAACUACUGUGCUAAUGUGGAUUAUAGCUCGAGUGAUGAUAGCUCUAAUGAUUUAAUAUCUUUGAUGACUGGUACUGCACGUGCAGAAAGCAACCAAAUACUAACCAAAUAAACAUGAGCGCUAGUCAUCAACUAGACACAGUUAAUUUAGGACCUCAUAGUACUGAACAGGAAAUUGGUCAAGUCGAUAAUGAAAAUAUGGUUUCUGUUUUAGAAACUCCUAUAAUAUCUGACAAUGCUAACACGAAUAAUGAUUGCUCACGUAAAAGAACGUUUUCUGUUCACGAAACCGGGUCAUCACUGGCUGAAAGACAGCCCAUGGGAAGACCAAAAAAAGGUAGAAAGCCAAAAUAUGGUGGGCUAUCGCGAGAAGAAAGGAAAACACGAAAGUACACAAAUCUGUCUUACGUCAACUCGAGGAAAAAGAUUGUCAGUCCUAAGAAAUUUAUAGAUUUUCAAUGUUGUUGUGUAAAAAAGUGCCACGAAAAUGUCACCGUAGAAAAGAGAUUGGCUCAAUUUAAAAAGUUUUAUUCUCUAGGAUCGUAUAAUGCGCAAAAUAUGCUUUUAACUGCUUUAGUAAAAGAACAACCUGUGAAGCGUCAUUACGUUGCAACAGACAAUAAAACCAAUGUUUCAAAGAAAAAGUUUUACUCACGCCAAUAUUUUCUAGAUGGUGUAUCAGUUUGUAGAGAUAUCUUCGUCAAAACAUUGCAGACGUCAGCAAAAAGAAUUAAUACGUCACUUUGUAAGAUGCGGUCAGAAAGUCGCAUUACAGAUAAUCGUGGUGUGCAUGGCGGGCGCAAUAGAGCAUCUCCUGAAAGUGAGGAGUUCGUGAUAAAUUUUAUUAAAAAGUUGCCGACAUAUAUAUCCCACUAUCGCCGAGAAAAAACAGACGGGGCUAAAUUUUUGAGAGCAGACAUGACCUUAUCAAAAAUAUAUGAGCUAUACAGCGAUGAAGCAAAAACAGCUGGCGUGAAAAUAUUAUCUACUGCAAAAGUCAAUAAAUUGUUUUUUACUAAGUUUAACCUGCGUACCAAGUCUCUUAAAAAAGAUACGUGUAAUAAGUGUGACUUUUUUGAAUGUCAAAUACUGCACGCGUCAUCGGAACAAAAUCGAGCCGAAAUUGAACAAAAGCAUUUAGCGCAUCAAGAAAUCGCAAAAUCUCCACAAACCAAUUGAAAAUUGACAUGAAGCUUGCUAAAGAUGAUCCCUCUGUUGAAACUUUGACUUUUGAUCUCGAAAAAACGUUGCCUUUACCGCGUAUACCCACGAAUAUCGUCUUUUACAAAAGACAACUCUGGGUGUACAAUUUAGGUAUACACACUGGGAGCAAUGAUGAAGCUCACUGCAAUGUGUGGGUAGAAGGUGAAGCUGGCAGAGAUGCUCAAGAGGUGGGGUCUUGUCUCAUUAAACAUAUCACAGAAAGGCUUGAUGGCAACGUGAAACAUCUGAUUUUAUGGUGCGAUUCGUGUGGUGGCCAGAACCGCAACAUAAAAUUAACAUUAAUGCUUAAAGCUAUGUUAAAUGAACAUCCCACAUUAGACCAGAUCAAUAUAAAAUUUCUUGAAUCGGGGCAUAGCUUUCUCCCAAACGAUUCAGAUUUUGGAAAGAUAGAAUGUGCCUUAAAACUUCAACAGAGGCUCUAUACACCGGAUGAUUACAUCCAUGUUAUGAAAACUUGUAAAAAAACUAAGCCAAAGCAUGUACACAGGAUGAAAAAUGCAGAUUUCUUGUCAUCGUUGAAGUUAGAAAGGAACAUAGUUAAUAGAAAGAAAACGAUAGAUGGAGAGAAAGUUUCGUGGCUCAAUACUAAAGAAAUCAUGAUUAAAAAGGAUGAAAUGUUCAAAAUUUAUAUGAAAACUAAUUUGGAUGAAGAUUUCAAGGUCGUGAAUAUAAAAAAAAAUGUUCGUGGAAGACAAUGUUUUGUAACGAAAGAGAUAAUGGAGCCACUUUGACCAACAGGGAAACCUGUCCCUGAAGCGAAGUUAAGGGAUUUAAAAAGCAUGCUACAUCUGAUUCCGCAAGACUCGCACGAUUUUUAUGUGAAACUUGUCGGAAGUGCUGAUUUAGAAGACGAUAUUGAAGGUUUUUCGGGUCAACUUGAUUUUGAAGUAGAAUAAAAUUUGAUUUUGAUUAAGUAAUUGUUUGGUACUAAACAUUUUUGUAAUUCUUAACAUUUUUAUGUUACAUAUUAUUAUAUUAGAAGAAUUUAAUAUUUGUUUUCGUUUUUUAGUAAAAUGAUU